AAAAUUUAUAUAGUAUUUGAAACGGAGACGUAAUAAAUUCGGCAUGUCAAGAUAUCGCUAUGGUGAUUUAAUACUUGAGGCUCUUAUGGAAUUCCGUCGACCAAUGACCAUGGAUGAGGUUGUGGAAUAUGUGGCCGAAAUGACCGAUCGAACACUUUCAGAGGUACGUCUAUCAGUGGAUAAUACAUUGACGGCUGCCUGGUUGCAUGGCUUUGUGGAGCGUGAUAAUGAUCUAUAUUCUCUGAAUCUGCCGGAUAAAUUGAUGAGUCAUAGUUCAAGCAGUUCCAUUACCCAUAGCACCGCUUAUAGUUCCAAUCGUCCGACUCGUUCUCACAGCAGCGAAAACUUUCAGUGGUACUCGUUAAAUCGAAGCAGACGGUGAGCUAUGAUGGUGCUAAUAGGGUUGAAGAACUAGGUAGUAUGUCAAGGAGAUGGAGGAUUUCAUAUAUUUUCCAAAAAUGCUAUCCUCUAACCAUAAAAUCUUAUGUAACAUUAGCUUUAAAAGACAUAAUAAAUGAAUAAUACUUGAA